AUGGGAGAUGGCCAAAUAACAGCAACAACAAAAGAAGGUGAGGAUGAACCAAUGUGGAUAGAUAUUCCAACUGACUUAUUAAUAAAUGGAGGUGCUGAUCCAAUACUAACAUUGGUGGAGGAAGUGUACCCUGAAAUCCUUGAUAAGCCCAAGGACCUGAAAUAUCUCCAACAACGGGCUAUACUCGCCACAAAAAAUGAAACAGUCGACAAGAUAAAUGGACAUAUCUUACAAAUUAUUCAAGGAGAGGAGAGGAUCUACAAGAGUGCAGACAGAAUAUGCCCAGCUAAUAGAGGUGGGAGAAAUGUGGAGUCAUUGUACCCAACAAAAUUCCUAAACACCUCGUAG